CUUCCAGAUCUCAAAUAUGUGAAUAAACAUGGCAACAACCAUCGAUAGUGGAACAGAAACCCUCUUUUCCGAUGAGUCUCCAUGUGAGUUGGUGCGUUCGCCCAGUAUUUGUUCUGGAGAUGAAAGGGAACUGCAGAUGGAUGACACGCAGUCCAUUAACAGCAGAUUGGCGCCGCCAAACAUUCAGCCAUACAGCGGAGUACUAGAAAAGGGAAAGGUGGUAAUCCGACCGAUCGCUUUCAAGCCAUCGGCUAUGACGCCGUCCUCCAGGUUCGGCAUCGCUGGAGAGCGAUACGGCUCGACGCCGAUACUCACCAGGCCCGGAUCCAGACUGACUUUGUACGGAAGUAGCAGUGAUAUUCACCAUCAGUCUCACAGUAUGAACAACUACUCACUAGAUAGAAAACUGCGGUCUUUCUGCCCUUCUGCGUCUUCCUCGCCGCGAUUAGAAAUGAGUUCCCUCUCCUCCCUUCCUCAUGGCCAUAAGCUGGUCAACUACGACAGUCUUGAGAGUGUUCGAAAAUCUCCCGUGUCCAAUGCUGACAGUUCUGUUACGCACAAACCCUCCUACCAAACGUCUUCCAAUCACAGUAGUCUAGUGGACCUCACCCCCUCUCCGUCAGACUCUGGUAUCUCAGAACUGGAGGCUGCUCUGAGAUAUCGUGACUCUGAGGUUGCUUACCUUCGUCAAACGAUGGAACACAACGAACAGGUUAUCUUCAGAGUGUACCAAGAGAAGGAGAAAGUUUGGGAAAGAGAACUCAGAAGACUCAAGACUGUCCAAGAGAGCAGACUGCGGACAAGCGCUCAAAAGGUCCACAAACUAGAACAGAUGUUGAUGAUGCAGACCUAUCAACUCCAACAAGACAAGAAACGACUUAGUUCUGACGUUCAGCGAUCGAAUAUGCAAUGCGAUAGGCUGAGACAAGAAAUUGAUGAACUAAGAAAUAGAUUGGAAGAGACAGAAUGGGGAUUGUGUCAAAAGACGGGAGAGAUAUCUUUGCUGAAAACUCAGUUGAAGGAAUCCCAGAUUGACCAAACAACGAAAUGCCAGGAGCUCAUCCAACUUCGGACAGACCACCGUGAACUGAGGGAUCAACUAGAAGAAAAGAAUAAACAAAUACACAACCUGGAGUCCUCCAACGCAACAAAAGACGAAGAAAUAAAUCAGCUCAAAGAGGAACUCUCUAAGAUAACUUCACCUUCACCAUCCCAGUAUGGCUCUCUGGACUCAAUCAACAAGAACCAAGGCUUGAUUGAAAAGUUGAAUGCCGAAAUAACGGAACUAAGGCAAGAACUAUCGGAAAAAAGCCUCAGUUACUACAACGGCGUAGAAGCGGGCCGAGGCAAGAGAGGACCGCUCAUCACCGAAGAAGAGUCUUUGGAGGAUCUGGAAAUCCAAAAGUUCAAUGGCCACCUGGAAGUUAGCGAAACCGAGAAGCUGCGCAAGGAACUUGAAAUGAAAUCAAAACAAUUCGAGAAGGAACGGAUGCAAUGGGCUAAAGAAAAAGAGAAGGUGCUCACGUACCAAAGCCAACUGCGAUUGAACUACGUUCAAAUGUUGAAGAGAAGCAACGCGCUCGAAGAGGAAAUAGAAAAUUUGACGCUCGAAUUGGAAUUGGAAAGAACUGGGCUCAAAAAGAAGUUGGAACUGUCACAGACCAUAGAGUUAUGAUCGAUUGGAGUGAAUUGUUUUAAUUCGUCACUUUUUCUCAUGUAGAUUCGAUUCUACAUUCAGAGUUAAAAGUGAUUUGAUUACUUUCUACUGUUUUCAUGAUUCUCCAUUUUAUUUAUGACCGGACAUGACGAAAUCUAUUUUUCGCAUUAUUAUGCUCUAGAUGGUAUUGGAAAAUACUGGGUGGAUUUUUCAACCUGAUAUUUGUAGAAUUAUCUAGAGAUGAAAAUGGUGGAAACUUCUGUUCUGGUAUCUGUAGAGUAGGAAGGGUGAGUGUAGAUCCACAGUACUUAGGCCACAUGUGACCCAUUGUACA